GCUGGAGUGUCAAAACUAACAAACAGGCUGUUUCUCGGUGGGGGAAGGGAAGCUGGUGAACGCCGAAAACACUUCGCAAACAUUUUAAUAGUGCAAGACAAUAAACCAAACUCGUCUAACCCAGCGACAUUGAUAUAGUAACCGUCAGGAGUCGGGAGGAAAGGGAUAUGGCUCAGGAGACCAAUCAGACCCAAGUGCUUUGUUCUAAUGGUUGUGGGUUUUAUGGGAACCCACGUAAUAACGGCAUGUGCUCGGUCUGCUACAAAGACUCCUUACAGCGGCAGAACAACAGUGGCAGAUCCAGUGAUCCAGUGUCUUCCAGCAUAAGCAGUAAAGGAGAAUCUAUGACUGUACAAUCGACGUCACAGCAUGAACAAAACAGUCAGUGUUUUUCAACAACAGCAGCAGUUACACAUAAAGACGGUGCUUCAGUAGCAGCUCAAUCAGGCCUGAAAAUGCCAGAAGUAUCAUGCAGUAAACUGGCGAGAAACGUUCUGGAAUCCACCACGGAAAAGCUGCUUACAGCGGGUAGCUCUUCGCUGGAGGAUGGCACAUCGAGAGGAAAGAGAAAGUUAGAUGAAACUUCUGAAGCCACAGAAGCAGUGUCCGCCUCAGAAUUAGAUGUCUCAGAGCAGACCUCAGAUGUGCCAGAGCAAUCCAAACCCAAGAAGAACCGCUGCUUCACCUGCCGCAAGAAAGUGGGGCUCACUGGCUUUGACUGCCGGUGUGGACAGUUGUUUUGCAGCGUGCACCGAUACUCAGAUGUUCACAACUGUAGCUUUGAUUACAAGGCUGAUGCAGCAGAGAAAAUAAGGAAAGAAAACCCGCUUGUCGUUGGGGAGAAAAUCAAGAAGAUUUGAGCUGAAGAUUGCAGAGAUGUUUUUUUACCCUCUUUUCCCCACAAACACCCUUUACAAGAUCUUUGAAUUGUGCAUGCUACAAUGAAACAUUUACGCAAAUUUGUUUUGUCCCUUUGUUUCAUUUUACACCUCAAAUUUAUUUACUUACAAAAUGCGUUGGUAUGUAAACCGCAAAAUAUUUAUAUGAUUGCAGUAAUUUAAUUUGCAUUACUAAAUGCGUUUAAGUUCUCAUGUUAAGAUGACUUUUCGGGGUGGCUGUGUAUUUCUGGUGAUGAACAAAGCUUGCAUGUUAAAACCAUUGCCAGAAUGUGUCUUUAAUUUUUAUUUUUUCUCAAUAAGGAUCGUAAGCAAGAAAAUGAGACAAUUUACUUAAUAUAAAAGAAUACAUGUUUUUAAUAUACAAGUUAUUAUGUGUGUGACUGCGAUCUCUGGUUUAACAGAUUUUUUGCACUUCAUUACAGACUGUGAUUUACAUUUUUCCUAUAGUUCAUUUAUUCGAGUGAGUGAAAGUUGCGAGUGAUAUUAUUUAUGUUUGUGAAUACACUGUGUUCAUGUUGAAUAAAGUUUCACACGUCACACUGUA